AUGCAUAUUAACAAUAUCUUAAAAGACCCACUUAAAUAUAAAGAUUAUCCUCCUAUCAUUUCGUUCCCACAGUUAAAACAACGUACCCUUAAAGAUGGAGAAAUACCUCAAUACGUACUUGAUUAUUGUCCUGUGGUUUAUCUUUAUAGUGAAGAGCGUUAUCUCCCUUAUGACAUCCAACAGUACGUCACAAAUUUCAAUGCUACUUAUGGAAACGGUACUAUUAUUGCUGAUAAUCUUACCUUGAAGAAGCUUGGUAAAUUACCUAAAUCUCAAGAUAUUUAUCUUAGUUCAUUACAAGAUUUCACUAAAAAUCCAGAAUGGAUCACUGGUUUGAAAAAUAAACCAAAUCUCGUUAAUGGUGAGAUUAAAGAUGCACCAGCAACCUUGAUUGUAGUCGAUAAGGGGAAUGGUUGGAUAGAUGCAUAUUGGUUCUAUUUCUAUUCAUUCAACCUUGGUCCAUUCGUAAUGGGGCAAGGUCCAUAUGGAAAUCAUGUUGGUGAUUGGGAACAUUCUUUGGUUCGUUUUUAUAAAGGUGAACCAAUUAUUGUCUGGAUGUCGGCCCAUGGUGGUGGAGGGGCAUUUUAUUAUCAUAAUUUAGAGAAAUAUGAUGAUAGUAAUCAUCCAGUUAUAUUUAGUGCUAGAGGAACUCAUGCUAAUUAUCCAAGUGUAGGACAACAUCCUCAUGAUUUACCCUAUGGAAUAUUAAGUGAUUUUACUGAUCGUGGACCAUUAUGGAAUCCACUGAAGAAUUAUUUGGGGUAUACUUUUGAUGGGAAAAGAAUUUAUCCUACAACAAAGAAUGCUAAUCUGAAACAUUCAGGUAGAGAAUUGGAAUAUGGCAAUUGGUUGUCAUAUUCUGGUCAUUGGGGAGAUAUGAAGUUAGAUGACAAUGACCCAAGACAGUCUUAUAGUUUCAUUGGUGGUACUAAGUAUAUAGAUGGUCCAUUAGGACCUUUGAUGAAAAAUUUAAUGAGAUUAAAACCAUGUGAAAGACAUAAAUGGUGGAAUUUCUGGGAUGGAUGUAAUGUUAGAGAAAAUAUUAAAUGGGGUAUAGGGGUUGAAAGUGAAGGUUAUAAUUGCGGGAAUAUGUUUAUUAAUGUAAAACCAAAAUGGAUAAGGAAUGGUUUACAAAGGGUUACUUGGGGUGGUGGAUUAUGUUUUAUAGUGGACUUGAUUUAUGGUUGA